GUUCUCCUAAUGAUCCAGAUGGACAGAAUGAUAUCUUUUGGGAUCAAAAUUCUCCAAUGACAAAGCAGUUAGGUAAAGGAAGAAAAAAGCAGAUUUACACCACAGCUAGUGAUGAGAUCUCACAUAUUGUUAAUCGUAUUGCUCCUCAGGUAAAUAUCAGUGAAUUUAUAGUUUACUUUAAAACCGUGAAAAUAUGCUGCUAAAUUAUUUUAAUAGUUCAUUUAUGUGAAAAAUAUUUUGUCUUAUUCAAUUCUCUUUUAAAACAGAGCAGCAAAGACUGCUUUUACCUUUUCUACCACUGAAAUGCAUGUUUUUGAAAAAAGGAACAUAAUGUAUAAUUGGUAAUAUGUAUUUUCCUAAGCAUAUAUAUGUGUUUUUUUUAGAAUGAUGAUUUUUAACUAAAACUUUGUGUUUAUUUUGUUUUUAAUGUGAUUUAACGGUAUCAUUUUCAAUUUACUAAAGAAUAGAAUUAGACAAUAAAAGUUUAAACUUCUAAGUUUUUUGUGAUUUUUUUUUUUUUUUUUUUUACUGUCUGUAGCACACCUUUUCCCCAUUGAAACCUCUUUUCUUAAUACUAGUUGACUUAUAAUGUCAUCAAGAAACAUGAAAGUGGAAAAAACACUGGAUUUGGAGUUAGUUCUCAAUCUGCCUCCUAUACUGGAUGAACCUAAGCAAGUCACUUAAACUCUCAGAAGUUUAGUUCAUUCAGACAUUAAAAUAGAAUUGUUACUUGUCUUGCUCUCUUUCUUGUGUUAUUAUGAUGAUUGAAUUGGAUAAAAAUUCUUAGUAAACUACAGAGCACUACAAAUGUUAGAUUAAAGUUAGUUAUGAUAGUUAAAUUAUUUUCUGUAACUAUCUUCAAAAGUUUCUUGCGUAUUUCAGCUCUUGUAAAUGCUUGAGUGUAAGAGAAAUAUAAGUUUAGGUCAGCCUAUAUUCUGGACCUCUUUCCUUUUUUCUCUUUUUCUUAUUUAGCAACAUUUAAAUCCAGAAAACAUCCAAUUUUUGCUUAGUGUCUUCUCCAUAGGAAGUUUGGUAUUUUUCCCUGGCAUGUCCUUGGAUAGUGACUAUAUGUUGACCAUAAACAAUAGAUGGCACUGGCCCAAACUGUGGUUAUAAGGAUCACCAUCAUCCAGGUGGAGAAGACAGGAAAUAAGGUUUUUCUUAGCAACUGUGAAACAUCCAAAAUUACAACUAGCACAGUCAAAACAACUCUGUUGCUACUAGCUCUACAUUCCAUGUUUGGCAUGUCAUAGUAAUGCAUUUUACAUACAGUUCAUUAGUUAAAUAGCAUUUAUGCCUUAUACUACUUGCUUCAUAAGUUAACAGUAGAUCUUCAUUAAUUGUGGGUUUCACAUGAAAGAAGCAUAAUAAAAUGUGUUUGGGCUGGCCAGCCUAAAUAGUGAUAAAAAGAUAGUCAAGUAAGUUAUUGGACACUUUACCUAAGUGGGCUGGAAACAAUAGCUCAUGUAAAGAAAUGUUAACAGUAUGCAAGUGGUAACUUGUGUAUAAGAAAAAGUACAGUGAAAUUAGUUGCUUUUAAAUUACCCUUUUCAACUGAGCACUUAAUGCGCAUAAAUCUUUGGUAAUAUCAAGGUCUUUCUAAGAACUUGUCAUUUUCUCAGAAUGACAUAUUCAUGUUAUUUAUUUUUAGGUGAGUUAUCCUCCUCAAAUAUAUAAGUCACUUUAGUAGUUCCAGAGAUGACAUUUUAAAAAUUUGCACUUUUAUUUUAAUUGGUCAGUCAUUUUACAUUCUUCAGGGGUACUUUUCAUAUAGUGUUGUUUGUUUGAAGAUGGUGCAUAUCUUUCCAUCAUUUUUAUACAGCUAUGCACAGUAUACUCUAGGAUUAAAUGAACUAAGUGCUUAGAUACCUAAUAAUUACAUAGUACAAUCCAUAGUACCUGGAUUGAACUAUGUAAUAAUUAAUGAGGAAAUUUUAAAAAUAUAACAUUUGCAAAUACUAUAAAAAACAUACAUAGAACCUAUGUAUAUAUAUAACUGUAUAUAUAAAGUUAUACUUUUAUUCCCUAAAAAUGGAAUGAAUUUAAAAUUACUUGGUAAAGGGACCAAAAAAAUCCAUAAUUAAAUCAUUAGGAAUGUUAUUUUCCUUAAAUUCAAGAUUAUUGAAACAAAAGGGAAAUAUGUAUUGAGUCUAAAAUAGAAAUUAUUGCUUUUCUUGGGUAUUUUGCAAAGCUAAAAUCUAGGUUCAACUGGACAUAUAAGAAAGCUGCUGUUGAUUGAUUGAGGAUGUUGAAGUACCAUGUUGAUGAGAAACCAACAACAGACUCCAUGCUGGGCGUGUGGAUUGGUGAAACUGCUAUUCCUUGUACUCCUAGUGUAGCAAAAGGAAAAUCAAGAGCAAAACUCAGCUGCACAAAGUUAAAAUCACAGAAUCAGGAGGAGGAACUUAUGAAACUGGCUAAGCAGUUUGAUAAAAAUAUGGAAGAGCUAGAUGUGAUUCAAGAGCAAAACAAGAGAAAUCAUGAUCUUAUCCAGAUGGUUUCAGAAGCAGAGACUUUAAAUAAUUACAGAGAUAAUGUACAGAUGCAGUUCCUACAUGAUAUAGUUCCUGUAAUAGAUAAUGCUAUAAUAAAGAAGCCAGUGAAAGAAAACACCGAGGUAUUUGUGGUAAAUGAUCAAAAUAGCAGUCAGAAGCCAUUUGACCAAAAUGCUGAAGCAGCCUUUAUUGCCAUUUUUGAUGGUUCUACUCAGAAAUGUAGCGGACAGUUAAGCCAAGAUCUGUCAGAUGCUUUCUUGAACACCAGUAAUACUACCUUUGGAAAGAAAAAUGCUUUGAAAGAGGAGAAAAUCAUUACUAAUGAAACUCUGGUCACUGAAAAACUGCCAAGUAAAACCCCAGGAUCACCUUCUCAUCAAGUAGAUAAUCCUGGAAUGACAAAAUCAUAUGUGAUUUCCUGUAAUAAGGAGCCAGGAGCUUUUAAUAAGCACAUUGAUACAUUUACUACCAGUGAUUUUGAGGAUGAUUGGGAAAACUUACUAAGUAAUGAACCUUUUGUUAUGCAAAAUAUUGAAAUGUCUGAACUUUUCCCUGCCCCUAAAACAGCCCAGAUUGCUGAUCAAAAGGAAAUUUGUACCUUAAACAGUAAAAAUAAUAAAAGUAAGUCAGGAAUGAAUACAAGUCUAGAUGCCAGGUCAGGAGAUUCAAAAAUUUUACAAGAUCUUCCUUCAAAGACGCGGAACAGUGAAGUAACAGAUGCUGCAAAAUACAGAUUUUCACCAAAGCCAAAUGACAAACCAAAUAAGUUAUCAUCCACUGGAAAUAAAAUGAAAUUGGAGAAAUCUUUUAAUAAAAUUGUUCAAGACAAAAUUCAAGACUGUGCAGUUGCAUCUAAUCUGACAAAUGAAGAUAUUCAUAGUAAAUUUACUUCUAAUGUAAAAGCUUCUGCAAAAAAGUCUACUUUGAACCCAGGAUGUUCUAAUGAACAAAAAAAUAAGUCCAUUUUUAAUCAGUCUUUGAAGGCAUCUACUAAUGCCGAGUCUUUAGGUUCUGCAACUUUGGGCAAUAAAACCGCUGUUUGUAACCCAAAUGAGACUAAUGCAUCAAAGCUAGGUUCUUUCUUUGAUGAUUGGAAUGAUCCAUCAUUUACCAAUGAAAUCGUUAAAGCAUGUCAUCAGUUAGAGAAUACCUGGGAAGCAGAUGAUGUAGAUGAUGAUUUAUUAUACCAAGCAUGUGAUGAUGUUGAAAAACUAACUCAGGAACAAAACAUUAGAGUGGACAGCAAGACAUCAGAAAAUGUACUUGAGAUCAAUAAUAGUUUUAAACAUGGAGCCAAAAACGUGUUUACUACACCUAAACAAGGAAGUUGUUUGGUGCAAUCAGAUCACUUGAAACUGAACAGCAUUUCAUUGCAGACAUCUUCAUUGACAAAUAGCUUACAAAUAAAUAAAUCAAUAAAGACAGAGAAAAGGGAAAUUUGUGGAAAUUCUCCAGGUUUUUUAGGUGCCACGACAAAUUUGACAAUAUGCUCUAAGAACUCAAAUUGUCAGAACAAUAAUCUGCAUGUCUCUUGGAAUAACGCUGAUGUUCCAAAACAAGUGAAUAGUUCCAAAUUGGUUCUUACAGGAAGUUCAAGUUUGAAUGUGAGUUCAGAUCAUAUGAAUACAGAAAUUGCUGCUUAUAAGAAGAGAUUGAGUACUCCACCUCUGUCCCAUAGCACCAUAACAGAUGAAGCUCAGAGUAACCUUAACAGAAAAGUUAGAUUUUCUAAGUACACAUUUACAAAGAUGAAAAAUUCUCAAAUUCUUUCUCCGUUUAAUAACAGUUGUGUAACAGGAAGUAUUUCUGGUACCAAAAUCACACAGGGUUUGGAGAAAAAUAAAACUGUCAAUCCGUUUUGUGGGAAGGAUGUUCAACAGCAGUCUUUGGUGAAAUCUUCUGAAUCUUUGAAACAACCUUCAAAAGAGGAGGAAGAGAAGAAUAGAAAGUAUUCUCCUGAAGAAAUUCAGAGAAAAAGACAAGAAGCGCUGGUUCGAAGAAUGGCCAAAGCACAGGCAUCAUCUGUAAAGAAAGGCAGCUCCCACUUAACUUGAUUUCUUUAAUGAAAUAUUACUUGGGACAUAACAAAGACAGUUGAUAACUAUCUAUGAUAGGAAAUAUUUUUUUCUUGAUUUCUCUAUGAGAAAUUGAAUGCUGAGUUAUAAAGCAUGGACUUCUACUUUAUUUAAUAAAUCAGUGUUUACAGUGGUCAGUGAAACCUUUCCUUGGAGAUAUAUGUGAAAGUAAUUGCUUGAAGGUUUUGGAAAUUCAGGAAAGUUACCUAUUAUGUCGUAGAAUAUACAGAGGAAAGUAGUUUUAUUUUUAAAUACUGUGAUUGCAGAGGAUCAUCAAAAAAUCAAUAAUCCACUUAAUUUUUUAUUGUAGUAAGUCUUUUCCUAAUACAAAGCUUCAAC